GUUUAAAUUAAGGGUGCUGCACUUCCAUUGGUUAAAAAUGCCUCGAAGGCGGGGUUUCCUGGUGUUGACCAAUAGAAAGGCUGAUUCCCCUUAGUCGCAUGUUCUUCCCCACCCCUCACCAACACGUAGGCGUCGAAGGGCGUGUCCAGGCAACGAAUGCGCCGCAGAGCCCCGGCUCACGAUGUCCAAUGAGGACGGAGGAACCGUGCCUGGGGCGGGGCCCGGUGCGUGUUCGAAACGGAGGCGCGGCUGCGGGAAAAUGGCGGCUCGGCCGCGGCGGCAUCGCUCGCGCUAUGCAGUGUUGCCGCGGGGUGACUUUUGCGAUAGCGCUAAGAAGGCGAUUGAUGAACCUUCUUUAACGACUUCCAUGGAGUGGGACACGCAGGUGGUGAAGGGGUCCUCGCCGCUCGGCCCUGUAGGGCUGGGGGCGGAGGAGCUGCCAUCCAGCCCGCGGUUGCCGUCGUGGCUGCAGCCCGAGAGGUGCGCCGUGUUCCAGUGCGCUCAGUGCCACGCCGUGCUGGCUGACACGGUGCACCUCGCCUGGGACCUGUCGCGGUCCCUAGGGGCCGUGGUCUUCUCCAGAGUCACAAAUAACGUGGUUUUGGAAGCUCCCUUCCUAGUUGGCAUUGAAGGUGUGCUCGAAGGCAGCACUUAUAACCUUUUAUUCUGUAGCUCCUGUGGGAUUCCCAUUGGUUUCCAUCUGUAUUCUACCCAUGCUGCCCUAGCUGCCUUGAGAGGUCACUUCUGCCUUUCCAGUGACAAAAUGCUGUGCUAUCUCUUAAAAACAAAAGCCAUAGUAAAUGCAUCUGAGAUGGAUAUCUACAACGUACCACUACCAGAAAAGGUUGCAGAGCUAAAAGAGAAGAUAAUGUUGACGCAUACUCGCUUAAAUUCACUGAUGAAAAUUCUGAAGGAAGUGACUCUAAACCAGUCCAAGCCAGAAAAUUGAUCCAACCAAAGCUUGUUAUCAGGGUCAGGCUUUACUGCUGUCUUCAACAACAGGUGCUUUUUGAUCAUUUCUCAAGAAAGAUCGACUUAAAGAAUG